AUGCAAGAGAUCUCACCCUGUCGCGUCCGUUCCAGGAUGAUGCCAGGGCCAGAGUCUGCUCCUGCUCUGUGCAAGGACAGAGGUGGCUUUGUCACCUGGCCUCUGAUCCACCCAGCCCAGGACCUCAGCUGCCCACCCUUUGCCCUGGGAACCGAAGUGCAACCCUGCCCCGGUCACCGCCUAGCGCUGCCUUUCAGCAUCUGCCAAUCUAUCAAGAUUCAGCUACCGCUGUGA